UUAGCCGUUCGAUUUCCAUCGCUAGUUUAAAAGUUGGGACUGGGAGUGUUUAAAACAAAGUAAAAAGGUUUAUAAACUCAGAACACUUCAGAUUCCCGCGGCUCAGCGUGGAAAAGUGUUUGGGGUUUUUGAAUCUUUGAUUCCAUGGGCCAUGGCUACUUCUCGGAGCUCCACAGAAAUACCAGCAGCAGUAGGAGGAGGAGCAGCCUCUUUCUCUCAUUUUGAAAGAACAGUAUGCUUGUUCGAUUGGUGGUUGAUUCACACCCAAAAUCACUUCCAUGGCAACAACCUUGGCGUUGCCGGCUUAACAUCCAGACAACAAGAAGCAGUUCGUGUGUUUACCUCUGCUCCUAUAGCCAAAAGAUAUGAUGUUUUCACUCUUGAGACUACCGAUAAUGUCUGUAUCAGUCUUAAGGGUGUCAUCAACCAGCACCGCACCACUCUCAAUGGCUUUCCUUCCCAGGUUUCUAGAAGCUUUUUGUUUGGCUUUCCUUCGAAUUGGCGACAAUUUUCUACAUAUGCUCCUCCUGAAAAAACUCCUGAAAAACAAGGUUGUGUCACUUCGAAACAUAGGAAACAAGUUGAAACUUCAGAAUCUCAUAAGGUUUCUGAGAAUGGUAUCCUCAAUACAGAAUCUCCUGCUAUCUUUGGGAAAUGUGGAGUAGUAUCUGGGCCUGAAACUUCUACUCUACAAGAAAAAACUCUUGAGAAACAAGGUUGUGUCACUCUGAAACAUGGGAAACACGUUGAAACCUCCGAAUCUCACAAGGUUUCUGAGAAUGGUAAUACCCUCAAUAAUUCAAAAGUUUCUAAGCUGAGUGAUGAGAAGAAACACCAACUGGAUGUUACACCUAUUGGUUUUCGUAAAUGUAGUGCUAGAUUGAGAAAUCUCAGAGACAGACCUAUUGGUUUUCAGAAAUGUAGUGAUAGAUUGAAAAAUCUCAAAGGCAGUCAGGGGAACUGCCUUCCAUCUGGGUGUUCUUUAGAUCAAGAACAUCAAAAUGUUAGUCCUGUUCAAAUGCUAGACGAUGAGAAGUUGAACAGUUCUAUAGCUGCAACCAUUCACUCAACAGACAGAGUGCCCGAAAUUUCUUAUGUAGGGAGCAAAAGGAAGCAGAAGCCAGUGGAUACAAAUGUGACAGUAAAACUAGGUGAUGAGCAGACUUCUAAUUCACAAUGGGGACAUGAUUCUGGAAAGGCUGAGACUAAAGCUGGACAGGAAACUGGUUUUAAAGAAGGAAGAAAGGACACAAAGACAAGAAAGAGGAAAAAAUUCUCUGAUACAGCAGCUACACCACCGCUUCGGGACAACAACAUUAAAGUGUCUGUAGUUUCCCCUGAUUGUUUGAGUUAUGGACGAUCUAGAUCAGGGAGGCUACUACUACCUGUGAUGGAAUUCUGGCGCAAUCAAAUGCCAGUCUAUGAUGUGGAUCGUAAACUUACUGGAAUUCAGGAAAGCAUCCCUGUUGUAGUACCUUCGAGAGGAACUCAAUCUGAGCCACCAAAAAAAAGAAAUCGAUAGUGGUGUGUGGUGAACUUUUGUAAGGAUAAUUAUAGGACUGCAUCUAAAGAUUCAUCCUUACUAUGGGAACAACAUUUCCCUUACAAGAUGUCUUAUUGUCCUGAGUCGCUUAAGUGGGUAGCAUCAGACGAUGAAUCAAGUUACACUCUUGAUAAAAAUGGGGCCUCUUCUAGCACAGCCAACAACCCGUCCCGACUGGAAUUCCUAGCCUCACCAUGUGACAGUGAAGGAAGCAAUAUCAAUACUGCGGAUGAGUAGUACCUUUGUAGCUUAUCAGUUUCACGAAUCUACUUCCAAUCAUUCUUAUAAUUUUAAUUCACUAGUUUAUGCCAACCCAUUUUUAUUAUCAAAGACUAAAGAUGCACUUUAGUUAUAUAUUUAGUUUUGAUUAUGUAA